GCUGCGACUGUCAGCUGUUCAAUAUGGAACGAUAGCAAAGUGCAGUCACUUGUAGGAGUCGGCCGCCGUCAGAACGACUUCAACUAGAAGGGACAUCCAGAGACAACCGAAGCCGAGCCUACAGAAGCUAUAUCGACGGAGUGGUGCGAGCGUGUUCCCUUUUCGUACCAGCGCGCGCAGAAGCGGGCGCGAGCGGGACUGAACGUCGUUAGCGGGGGUGUGAAACAGUGAUAGGGGAGAGGUAGUUGAUACGCGCGCUGCGCCGAGGGCGAGACAGAGAGAAGAGGCGAGUUUUCGUUAAGAGCGUGUGUGUCGCGCGUGUACGGCCACGCACACGUGUCACCGUGAUUUAUGCGAGAGAUCCCGCGCGAGAUCAACCUGGAUGUAUUAACGCAAGGCUUAAGGUACAGCAUAUCAGGACUCAUGAACCUCGCAACCAACCAGACGUCCGACACGACGUCCGACGCGCAGAGCAAGGGUCCCUACUUUGUUAACUUCAAUCAGGACUGCACGUCCUUGGCGGUGGGAUCAAAGUCAGGAUACAAACUUUAUUCCAUCAGCUCCGCAGGACAUCUUGAGAAAAUAUAUGAAAAUGAUGAUGCAGACUUCGAGGAUAUAUGCAUCGUUGAAAGAUUGUUCAGCAGCAGUUUGGUGGCGAUCGUGAGUCUUAAAUCGCCUCGUACGCUUACGGUGUGCCACUUUAGGAAAGGAACAGAGAUAUGCAAUUACAGUUACUCGAAUACAAUUUUGGCUGUGAAACUCAACAGAGCGAGAUUGGUGGUGUGUUUGGAAGAAUCACUAUACAUUCAUAAUAUACGAGACAUGAGAGUGUUACACACAAUUCGCGAUACUCCACCUAAUCUUACAGGCCUUUGUACACUUUCGCCAAAUAGCGACAAUUGUUAUGUAGCUUACCCAGGAUCGAAUACCAUUGGGGAAGUUCAAAUAUUUGAUGCAAAUCAUCUUCAAGCAAAAACAAUGAUACCUGCACAUGAUAGUCCAUUGGCAGCAAUUGCUUUCAGCUCGACUGGCACCAAAGUGGCGACAGCCUCUGAAAAGGGCACCGUUAUUAGAGUUUUUGACGUUCACGAGGGUACAAAGUUAUUCGAAUUUCGACGCGGAGUUAAGAGAUGCGUCACGAUGAACAGUCUUUCUUUCAGUAUGGACUCUAUGUGGCUCUGUUGUUCUAGUAAUACGGAAACUGUGCAUAUAUUCAAACUGGAGGAACCAAAGGAAACGCCAAACAAACAAACUGCAGACGAAGCACAAAGCUGGAUGGGAUAUUUAACGAAGGCUGUGACAGCGUCGGCUACGUAUUUGCCGUCGCAAGUGACUGAUGUUUUUACUCAAGGACGUGCUUUUGCUAGCGUUCACCUACCGUUUCAAGGUUUAAAAAAUGUCUGUGCCAUCACUGUAACACAUAAAGUACCAAAAUUGUUAGUAGCUAGUGCCGAUGGUUACUUAUACGUCUACUCCGUGGAUCCGACAGAAAGUGGAUGUUGCACGCUUAUAAAACAACACAGAUUAGACGAUAAAGAGCGAGAUGAAUCAGAUUGUGGUGGUUCUGGUUCAGGAGCAGCAGCUACCACGAAUAAUACAAAUACAGCCUGCAUAAAUAGCUACGCGGGUGUGUUGCGUGGCCGCUCGCCAGACUCCAUGUCAGAAUCAGAGAAGUAUCAAGAAAUGAUAGCAGCGACGGAAAGCCCACCAAAAGGCGGCGGCCCGUUUCGUCUGGACGAUGAUACCGAAUUCCCACCUGUCACGCAAAGGACAGAUUGAGCAUAAUCCAUACACAAUUAAGGCAUAUCAAAAGCUCAAGCUGAAUGGAAAUGAGAAAAGCCAUGCGAGAGCAACGAAAGAGCGAAAGGGACACAGAGUGCAGAGGACGUCCAGUAUUUACAGACGGCUCUAUAUCCAGUACUCCCAGUUCAAUAGAACCAAAAAUUUAAAAAAUCUGUAGGCAAUAUACCGAGAUUGUUACGUUACCUUGUACGCGUUAAAGAUCAUAGAUGGAAUGUGUGCACGCUAAAUUAGAAAGAGAUUGGAUUUUUAUAUACUAAUCCACAUAUGCCUGUGCAACAGAAAGGAAAGAAGUACCGCUGAGUAACACUCUCGGUCGUAUUAAUAAAUUGUUGAAUUUUUAAGCGGAAUUUCUUUUAUCAUUAGCUAAAUAGACAUUGCAUUUGCAAAAGAAAUGCAAUAUCGCGCGGACAAUAUAGUAAUCCAAUGAUAAUAAUCUUUUCAACUACAGGAAUUACGCGAUGAAAAUUUUUUUUGUCAAGUACACAGAGAGUGUACAAUAUAUUAUAACGCGAAGUAUUUCUACAUUCUAAUACUUCUAUAUUUUAUAUAGAAGUAUUUUAUGCAGAAAACAUGUGUUUUUACUGUAGCCCAAGACGGCUCAGGAUAAUCCAAUAUCGAAAAUGACGAAUUAAUAUAAUUAAAUUGUUUUAUCUUAACGAACGCCAUACUCUUUACGAGCAAUAACUAUUAUUUAUCUGGACUUUAUGCAAAUAUUUGACUAAAAAAUUAUUUUAGUUUUAGGAAGAAGAAAAAAUUGGAGCAGUCGGUCUCGGUUCAAUAAUCAAAAUGACUAUGAUCUACAUUUAUUAGAAGACUUUGAAAUUAUUUGUUUAGAAGAAAUAUUGGACUGCAUCAAAUUCUAACAUCUACGAUUAACGCCGACUAGCUGUUCUUGCUUAUUCAAUCACGCUUACUAUAAUGUUUAUAUUGAAAAAUCGAUAUAAACAAAAUUGGUAACGGUAUAAACAAAAAAGUUUGCUUUUUAUCCUAUCGUAUGAAAAUCAUACAAACGGCGGGAAGGAUUUUGGCUAUUUUAAAACACGCUUUUGAGCUUGCGACAUAACACAUCUGUUUCGUUGCAUGUCUCAUUGGAUUGCUAUAUUUUAUGAUGAAAUCUUUGUCUUCUUUGUGUUUACAAAAAAAAACUCAUCUUCUUUGCGAAGAUGUAAAAAUAUAUAAAUAUAUAUGGCAAAUUGUCGAACGAUGAAUUUCAGCUGUAAUUCUUGUAUAAAAUAUAAGAUCCUUUGACAUAUGUUAGCUUCUUAGAAGAAUGUAAAACAUGAUCAAGUUAUAUAAUUUUGCCAAAAAAAUAUCAAUUUUGUAACGAUAUGAUGCUUUGUUGGCAUUUAAAGUUCAAAAAGUACUUCAGUCUUUACGUGAUAGCUAUGGGACAAUGAAAUAACAAAUGAUAGCAGGGACAAGUAUAAAGUAUUUAUAAAAAUGCGGGAAAGGAAUUCAUUCCAUCUUUCUUAAAAUAUAAAUCAUUCUAGACAUAUUAUUUCAUGCUGAUCAGACAAGAUAAUUUCGAAAAUUACGCGUACUGAGAAUUCUAACUCGAUGAAAAUUUUAUAUGUUAUCAAACAUCAUCAUGCUGUAUCUUAAUGCUUUAUCAGAUAAUUAUGUAUAAUAUGUAAUCGUAUCGAAUGUGUGCAAUAAGCAGUGUCUCUUUGAAUGCUUUUUCCGAAUCGAUUAUUUAAAACUGUCAUGACAUGUAAUUUGUAUAAAUAGUUCAUUAGUAGGGAACAAAGAAUUUUCGAUACAUUUGCGUUUUCGUUUAGUGUCGACUUCGUUAGCGGUCGAACUAAACUAUGAAUAAAAUCUCUCCAUUGAUCGGUGCCAAUUUACCGAAAUAGAAAGACGACAUCAGCGCUGAGUGAAGGUAUUUUGUCGUUGUAUGAUGACGAUGGGCACAGCUACCGUUUCUUUUUUCAUAAUUCUUCGUAGCAUAUUAUGUAA